AUGCCAGCCCACGUCCAGCAGGAUGUCCUGUCGCGAUUGAUUCCGAUGUUGGUGCUGCUGACAAUCGCGGCAGCCUUACCCGUGGAUCCAACGGAGGCUGUGAUCGAUCAACAGCAGGCUCCUGGUGAGCGGAAGCCGGUUCAGUACGAGUUCGCGUAUGGCGUGAAGGAUCCGGGGACGGGCGAUCACAAAGAUCACUGGGAGCGGCGAGACGGCGAUCGGGUGCAGGGUGUGUACCUUUUCGAGGAGGCCGAUGGAACGCAGCGCAUCGUCGAGUAUGAGGCGGACGAUGAGCAUGGUUUCCGAGCGAUCGUCACCAACGUCGAGCUGACCAAGGGAUCGGGACAAAAAGCACCUUCGGAUGGAUUGGUCGCGCACAGUUACAGCAUGCUGCGAGCUGUUAGCUAG